AUGGAUAGUGGAUGGAAGCCUGAGGUUGAGAUAUCACCAAAUUGUCCUAGGUGCGGUUCUUCCAACACCAAGUUCUGCUACUACAAUAACUACAGCUUAACUCAACCAAGGUACUUUUGCAAAGGGUGCAGAAGGUACUGGACCAAAGGAGGGUCUCUCCGAAAUGUGCCUGUUGGUGGUGGCUGCAGGAAAAACAGAAGAGCUAACAAGACAUUGUUGAGACAAUCCAUUGAUGGUUUCACUUUCAAAAGUUCAUCAUCACUUUGUGCAAAUGCCACAGAUCAUAAUAAUAACCCUGUUGAGCAUUCUUAUGAUCCUAGAAUAAGGACUUCUGCAGCUUCUAGCUCCUCCUCAGUGGUGAGUGAUGGACCAAAUAUUGAUCUUGCACUAGUGUAUGCAAAUUUCCUCAACCAAAAGCCCAGUUCUGAAUCUGGGAUUGAGAGCAAAAAUAAUCCAGAUCAAGUUCAAACAGCUUUUGAUCCUUCUCUAGUGAAUAAUUCAAGGCUAUCAAACAUAGAUGUUGCUGGUCCAAGUACUUUGCCUGAAGAAAUUGGUCUAAAUCUUCCUGAACAAACAUACACACACUCUGGUGAGGCUAAUAAUAACAGCCAAAUGUGCUAUGGUGAGUUCAACACUAUGCAGAAUCUUCAAAAAGAUGGAAUUGAGCAAUGCAGUAAUCAUGGUGGUGCUAUGAAUUUUGAGCUGCCACCAUUGCCGGGUGAAGUGGAAGGCUCACAUGAUCAUCAUAUGAUGUGGUCAAAUUCUGAGAUGAUGAUGAUAAACCAUCGUGCAUUUCAAGCCACACAACCACCAUUGCUUGGACCUGAAGUUCAUGAUGCAGACUUGUUAAUAGGUAAUUGGAGCCCAUUUGAUUUGCCUUGA